CUUUGACACUGACAGCUGUUUUAAAAAAGAUCAGUUUUCCCCAGUUUUCCUAUAUAAAAUGGAACAACCUAUUGAAGUUGUUGAUAUUUUAAGAAAUGGGGGUAAAUGCAAAUAAUAAUGAAGAAGAAAUGACAUUGUGUCGAGUAUGUGUCCAAAAUGAUAUUGAUGUUAUUAAUAAAAGCAGCCCUAGUAGCUUCGAAGCUGAAUGCAGUAAGAAACAUGAAUGGACAAGUGAAGAAUCCAGAUUUUUACUUGAUUAUUAUGGUGAGUCCCUGCCUCUUGUAGGUUCCAAUAAAACAUUUGGAAGAUCUGCAAAAAAAUUAAUACCUUACAAAUUGAACUCGUCACUAACUUGGGUACAGUGUGAAAACAGAUAUAAAACGAUACUGGAAAGAAAAAAAGCAUAAAAAUAGAAAAUUCUAUGACUGAUCAAAUUCGAAAAAAUAUAGAAUUUAAAGCAGAGUUAGAGAAAUUGCAUCAUCCGUAGACCAUAGCUUUUAACUGGAGGUUUUGAGAAGUGGUGAUAAAAUUGUUGUAGAAGCAAAGCAGGUCAAGCUAGAAAAAGCAAAAAAAUAAACAAUUCACUGAAACAAUUCUUCUAAAAAUCCACAAGAAAAGGAAGAAAACAAAGAAUGAAGACACAGAGAAGCUGGAUUUCACAUAAAAAUUACUAGAAAAAUAGUCUUGUUUUCUUUUGAAAGAUAAUUGUAUGAAAUGUUAUGUUCUUUUGAACAUUUUAUUUUUCUGUUCUGACUCAAAAAAAAUAUUGUAC